CCAGUAAAUUAAAUCUUAUUGCGCUGUUCGAAGAUAAAACGUUAUCAACUUAGGGCGUUGGCCAUUUGCGUAUAGGACUAGAAGGAAGCCAUCGCAACAUCGUCAUUCGACAACUGUUUAUUGCGGAACUAUUUACUGAUCCUGUAUUUUGUGAGUUUUGAGAAAAUGGAGGAUCACUUAGGUCAGGUGUUUGAAAGAAAUUUCGGAGGUGAUGUUGAAAGAGUUAGGGACCAAUUAAAAUCGAUCAAAGAUAAGAUUGCUGGAAAAGAAAAAGAAUUGCUUGAAUUGUGUGGGCAUGACAAUCGAUUGGAUCUAACGGAAAAAAUUAAAAACUUCAUUCAGUUCGGAAUUGAUCUGAACGCAAAGGACAACGGUGGAAGGAAUGCGCUCCAUCUUAUGUGUCGAAACUAUUCCAGCCCAAAAUUAACCGACGCCAUUAAACUUCUCAUCGAAAACAAAACCGACGUGAAUGCAAAGGACAACGAUGGAUUGAAUGCAAUUCACUUUUUUUGUGUCGAUAUCAUUCAAGCCAAAACUUAAUUAAAGCAAUUCAAAUCUUGAUUCAAUCCGGAAUCGACGCGAAAGCAACCACCAACGAUGGAUCAAAUGCGCUCCAUUAUUUGUGUCGAUACAAUGCAAGCCCCAAUUUAACCGACGCA